AUGCCGUCCCUGCUGGUGCUCACUUUCUCCGCGUGCGUCUUGCUUGUCUGGGCGUUGCUGGUCGGCAGCACCCGUGGCGGUGGCGGCGGGGGCGCCAGCCUCGGCGGAGGGCGCCGGGAGAGAGAAGCGCUGCAGCCGCAGAAGAUCGAGGUGCUGGUGCUGUUGCCCCAGGACGACUCGUACCUGUUCUCCCUGGCCCGGGUGCGGCCGGCCAUCGAAUACGCGCUGCGCAGCGUGGAGAGCAACGGGACCGAGCGGCGGCUUCUGCCACCCGGCACUCGCUUCCAGGUGGCCUACGAAGACUCGGACUGCGGCAACCGCGCACUUUUCAGCCUGGUGGACCGCGUGGCAGCGGCGCGCGGCGCCAAGCCGGAUCUCAUCCUGGGGCCGGUGUGCGAGUACGCAGCAGCUCCCGUGGCCCGGCUUGCGUCGCACUGGGACCUGCCUAUGCUGUCGGCAGGGGCACUGGCCGCCGGCUUCCAGCACAAGGACACGGAGUACUCGCACCUCACGCGCGUGGCGCCCGCAUACGCUAAGAUGGGUGAGAUGAUGCUCGCCCUAUUCCGCCACCACCAGUGGAGCCGCGCCGCACUGGUCUACAGCGAUGACAAGCUGGAGCGGAACUGCUACUUCACCCUCGAAGGGGUCCACGAGGUCUUCCAGGAGGAGGGCUUGUACACGUCCGCCUACAAUUUCGAUGAGACCAAAGACUUGGACCUGGACGACAUAGUGCGCUACAUCCAGGCGAGUGAGCGAGUGGUGAUCAUGUGUGCGAGCAGCGACACCAUCCGGGGCAUCAUGCUGGCAGCGCACAAGCAUGGGAUGACCAGUGGAGACUACGCCUUCUUCAACAUUGAGCUCUUCAACAGUUCUUCCUACGGAGAUGGCUCGUGGAAGAGAGGAGACAAACAUGACUUUGAAGCUAAGCAAGCAUACUCAUCCCUCCAAACAAUCACUCUACUGAGGACAGUGAAGCCUGAAUUUGAGAAGUUUUCCAUGGAGGUGAAAAGUUCUGUUGAGAAACAAGGACUCAAUGAGGAGGAUUACGUUAACAUGUUUGUUGAAGGAUUCCACGAUGCCAUCCUCCUCUAUGUUCUGGCUUUACAUGAAGUACUCAGAGCUGGUUACAGCAAGAAGGAUGGAGGGAAAAUUAUCCAGCAGACUUGGAACAGGACAUUUGAAGGUAUUGCUGGGCAGGUAUCCAUAGAUGCCAACGGAGACCGGUAUGGGGAUUUCUCCGUGAUCGCUAUGACAGACCCCGAGGCGGGCACCCAGGAGGUCAUUGGUGAUUACUUUGGAAAAGAAGGUCGUUUUGAAAUGCGGCCAAAUGUCAAAUAUCCUUGGGGACCUUUAAAACUGAGAAUAGAUGAGACCAGAAUUGUGGAACACGCAAACAGCUCUCCUUGCAAAUCAUCAGGUGGUCUAGAAGAAUCAGCAGUGACAGGAAUUGUUGUGGGGGCCUUACUAGGAGCUGGCUUGUUAAUGGCUUUCUACUUUUUCAGGAAGAAAUACAGAAUAACCAUUGAAAGGCGAAGCCAGCAAGAAGAAAGUAAUGUUGGAAAACAUCGAGAGUUACGGGAAGAUUCCAUCAGAUCCCAUUUUUCAGUGGCUUAAAAGAAAGCCUUUUCUUUUGGCCUGAGAUUCUUUAAGG